AGAUGACUGAUUUUAGAGGAGAUGGGGAAAGUGCAAGACAGUCUUUGCCUUCAAAGCUUUUAUUUAAUCUUGGCUGCAGUUAAGCAGAAUAAUAGGUUAGCUGGUUUUGUGAAUGGAAGUAACAUCCUCAGAACAAGACUACCACUUGAAAAUAAGCAUUUAAUCUUGCUUGGGAAGGUGGUGUGUGUAUGUGUAAAUGAAGUUACCAGGGAUCAAGCUGCUGGUUUAGUUUGAAGAAGGGAUUAGAGUAGUUAAAGCCACUGUAUGAAAUUGCUUUGUGUGUUCUGUGAGACUUUGAUUACAGAUAUUGCAGGUAAGACUUUUUUAACUGUUACAGAGUGUUGCAUGUGAGAGCUCCAGACUGAAAAGACCCCACAUCCUUGUUCCCAGUUUUAUUUCUAGCUUGUGUUGAUUUGCUCAUCAUGUGUAUUCCUUUUCCCUGGAAAGUCUGCACUGGGCACAAAUACUUUUCCUACUAUGUUCAUUUGUGUUGCCCUUUUAUUUUGGUAUGUUUUUUCCUUGGUAUGUUUUUAGAUCUGAGUAAGAGAGUAUGCAGAAAUCUAUUCUAAGUCUGGAGUAGAACUUCUGCUACUUUUAUAUUGUCUUCAGUGGUUCCCUUGUUGCUUGUUUUUUACACAAAUAAAAAUCCAAGAUUGAGGCAGACAUCAUGGUAUAAUGUAGUAACACCAUAAAGGAGAAGAUGUGACACUUAAGAUUGAGGGUCCUCACUUCUUCUGGUACCUGUGGUUGUAGGCUUUAUUGCAGAAUCACUGGUGUAACUAGGAUUUUGGCAAACAGGCUGCUAUCACCACAACAAAGCAUCUCCAUCUUUUUCAAAGACAUUUAACCUGAGGUGUGUGGUACUGUUAGUCCUUGAUGAUGAGUUGUUAAUCCAUCUAAAUAAGCUGCUCUUCUGGGUAAGCCAUAUUUUGGAGCGUGGGCACAUACUGGGCCAGAAGCCAUGUCACUCUCUUGGGAUGGCUGGCUUCCUGGUUGAAAGACCAGAAUCUUUUGGGAGGAGGAGGGAGAGCAACAAGCACAUGAUAAAGGAAUAGCUAAGCUGUGUAGUUUGCUGCAAAAAUGUGCUCAAUGCUGUAUGAUGACAACAGUGGUACCAAGAGGCUGGCAGACUACAGGGACUACUGACCCUUUGUUGGGAAGGGGCUGACAGGUUGAAAUUAUAUUGACAACUGAAGUAAUGGCCUUAAAAAGAAUCACAGAAUUCAGUUUGAUCAGGACAAGAACAAGGUUGGUACUUUAACUGGAAUAAUCAGCUACACAAGUACAUAAUGAGUAACCACUGGCUAGGCAGCCAUUUUGCAAAGUAAAUUUUUAAAAAGUCAGGGAUUACAUUGGACCACAAGCUGGACAUGGUCAAAAACAUCAUGCUGUCAUGAAAAAGGCAAACAUCCCAUUAUAUGAAAUAGUAGUUCUGCUCUUGGCUAUUGGUAAGUCUAUCCUGGACACCAUGGUUGAGUGAAUUGGAGGGUGGCUUGGGAGAAAAUUCAGAGGAGAGUGUUAAAAAAACCCCAGGAGAAAUACAAAAAUUAUGGUUUAUGUGGGAAGACUAAAAUAAUUGAGUCUAUACAAGAUAAGCUUGAGGAGAAAGUUCUAAAAGGCUGCUAUGAAAUAAGGAGAGGCUGAUCAGAUCACAACAUUGUCAGAUAGAGUAAGGAAUGAUAAGCCAAAAUUGCAGCAUGAAUUAUUGUUUGAGAAGGGGUUUGUUUAAUACUCAACAAAGAUAGAUAAGAUUGUAGUUUCCAUCAGUGCAGAUGUUUCUGAACUAUUCAGAUAAAUUAGAGUCAGAAGUGAUGUAUAACUACUCCUGCCUUGGAAUAGAUGAAGAUGUAUUUAGUUAACCAUUUGAGUUCUUUUCUACCUCUCUCCCAAAUUUGUAAUCAAUUCAGCAAGAUUUCUCCCAACAGAAAUCUUGAAAGUCAGAUCUCCACUGAAUAUCUUGCUCUUUUCUCUCUGGAGGUCUGUAUUUGGUUUUGUUUUGUUUGCGAUAUUGUGGAUUACCUCCAUAAGAAGUGUAUACUGCCUCUUUAAAAAUAUCAUAUUUCCAUUCACUUAAAAAACCCACAGCAAAACACACAAAACACAAUACAACCCCUCCCCCCCCGAAAAAAAAAAAUAAAUGCAAAAACAGAAGCCCCUGAACCAAGAAAUGCGAAUCCCAUCUCAAAACUUGAUUCUGUUUCUUCUGAUUUGAUUGGAUUUUGACCUUUGGCCUUUUGGAUUGUGGCAAAAUUACAAAAUCCAGAUGUUUUUAUUGGCCCAGCAUCUGGAGCGUGCUUGUCUAAGUCUAAUUUUACUGAAUUUUCUACAGAAUAAACUUGAGUUUUUCCACAACUCAUGUUUAGAAGGUGUAAGGUUUAAAUUUUUAUGUUAAUGUUUCAAUUAAUAAAGAGCCAGCAGCAUACAUUUAGUUAAUAAUUUGGGCAGAGGGACUGCUCCAGUAGAAGAACUGGGUGACACCUGUAAACACACAUUCACUCUAAAAACUAAUCUGUGUUUGAAAGCUCAUUAGUUUCUAAAUUUUUAUUUGUCAGACUACCAGGUGAUUUGAGUACACACACUAGGGCUGUGUCUGUGGCCUGAGAGAAAAUACUCUCUGUCUGAUCUGCCUUCCUUGUGUUUCUGAUGAGGGUUCUAGGGAACUUUCCACACUGCUCAGUAACUUAAGGCAAACUUGGCUCCUCAGAGGUGCACACAGCCUGUUCCCAGUGUGUCCUGGCAUUCAUUCAGCAUUCUCAUAUCUUGUGGUACCACAUAUUAGUCAAUAUUGGGCCUUCCAUUGUGUCUUCAUUUCUUUUCUACUUCAUUAUAGUUUUUGCUGGUUUUGUUAUUACUUUUUUUUUUUUAAGUGUUCAAUUCUUAACUUUUGUUUUCCUCCUUUAGCCUCAACGUGGUCGUAGCAUGUCAGUUUGUGUCCCCCACCUUCCUGCUCUUCCCUGUAUGUCCUGCAUCCCUCUCAGUGCUCCUUGCACCCCACCACCAGCGCUGUCUGCACCUCUUUCUCCUUUCUACCUUCGGACUGUCCCUGAAGAAACCUUUGCAGAAAAACUUUCUAAAGCCCUGGAAAGUGUCCUGCCCAUGCACUCUGCCUCUCCACGCAAGCAUCGACGCUCCAGCCUGCCCUCCCUCUCUGUCAGUCCUGUAUGUGUUGCCAUUUGCCUCCUGGCACAGUAAGAUAAGUUAUCAUUAAAUACAUCCUGGGCUCUGGGCAUUUUUCAAGGGAGAAAUUGAAAAGUCAAUUCCUUAUACAGUGCUGCUGGAAUGUUGAUUUUGUUAUUUUUAUUUAUUUCUAUGAAGCAGUACUGGUAAACAUUAUCAAACAGUGGCUGACUGCUUGUAUCUUGUCUUUUUGGACAAUAUAAAUGUAAAUUACCCAGCUCUACCACAGAAGGUGAAGGGAAGACUAGUUCUUAAUACCCAAAAUCAGAAGACGUUUAUUUUUCAACUUCUUAGUAAACACUGAAUGUUAAUUAAUCCCUUCACAAAACAACAAGCUUUUAAAGCUUGAUUGCUGUGGCUGCUUAUUCUUAAAACUUUGGCUAGCUGUGAUAGUGAUAUUAGAUAUUUAGAGUAUGAAUACUCUUGAGGUAUUUUUUUGUAAAUUCUUAUCAGAAAAGCCACUUCAACUUCUUCUUAAUGGGAAGAAGCAGUAGUUUCAUGUUUCUUAGAAAGUCAGGUGCAAAGAUAACAUGCAGUUGAGGAGGAAGAUUCCUUUCCAUUUUGAGCUUUAGUUUACACAAGAUAAAUUUUGAGAAGCUUUUUUAUGUAAAUGAAGUAAUUGGAACCAGGUUUAGAACAUAGGAAAGGUACUUCAUCUGUAGGACCUUCUCAUUAGCAUCAUUCAAUAUGGAAAUUUGCUGCUGCUUUUCCAGACAAAAGAGCAUGGGGAGAAAGUAAACAAUGUGGAAACAGCAACUUGAAAAGCUUAUAAAUGCCAUUUAUCCUGAACAGUAUACUUACUACUGGCUCCUGCAAUUUGUUUUUUCCAUUAGGGGAGAGAAUACCUGGGCAUACUGCAGGCAGAGAUGAAAAGAUGCAAAAUUCCUAAAUUGUUCGAUGUUCUUAUGUAGAACUCUCUUAAGUGAAAUAUUCCCUACAACUCUUAAAUAAGAUGAGCCUCCUCUGAAGUAGAACCUCAGAUGGAGUGGAGUUGCCCAAGGACUCUGCUGUUAUUAAACCUAUGAAUGUUUUAUUGUCCAGGCAAUAGUUAAGUUUGUUUCAAUGACUGCUAAUUUUUAAUAUGAAAAGUUAUGAUCGUGAUUAAAUUAUGUUUUUGUUUUACAAAAUAUGGUAUUAAAUGAUAUUUUAAAAUGAUAAAUUAUGAUGAAUCAACUUAUUAGUAAUUUAAUGAACUUUAAUGAUAUUUUGUCCUACAAAACAUUUCCUUUUAGCUUUUUGGAUAGCAUGCAGGACACUAGCACUGUCGUUUUUGUACUGGAAAAUACUAACAUGUGAUGUCAUCAUCUGAGUGCAAAUUAGAGGCUUUGCAUUGUUCUCAAGUUCUGAAUUUCAUAUUCCACAUAUGGCAGUGACCUCAGGGGGUUUGAUUGGAUUUCAAGCACUGAUCACAAUGGGUAGGCCAUGACAAUAAAUCUCAUUCCAUUGUUGGGAGCAAAAUCUGUUUCUUUUUGUGAACUGUUGGAAUUGAACUGGAAAAGCAGCUCUAACACCAGCAAAUGUUCCCAAUUGUAGCUAUGCCUGCCAUGGAUGUAUUUAAUGGAUAUUUACAACUCACCUAAAUUUCCUAAGUACUGUAUGUUUUUGACCAUGAAUUGAGUAUAAAUUCUAUAAAGUUACUUCACAGAACUGCCUAGUGAACUGUGCAUGUUGAUGUGCUUUCACUUUUAAUGUAUGAAUUACCUGUCUUGUUCAUGUCAAUACAGCCUCAGCAUCCUCGUGGGGGAACACCACCGUUCCCAGAUUCACAGAUAUUUUUCCCAACCGUUCAUGAACGGCCGGUGUCUUUCUCACCACCACCUGUCUGCCCGCCGAAGGUGGCAAUUGCUCAGCGGCGCAAGAGCACUUCAUUUUUGGAAGCCCAAACUUGCCACUUCCAGCCAUUGCUGAAGACUGGCCAGAGUUUAGUUCCACCUGGUGGUAGUCCCACCAAUUGGACUCCAGAGGCAUUUGUUAUGCUGGGCACAGCAGCUCAGAGAGUCGCUGGAGAGCCUCUGCAUGUGCAAGUUAAUCCCGUGUUUGAGCAAGCUCCUGUCCACAGUGACUAUAGAUCUGGACCAACACCUCCAGAGGAUGCUCACUACAGGAUGCAUCCAGAAGCUGUAUAUUUGGUGGGCAUGCACUAUCCAUCACAGGUAUCGGAGCAGUAUGAUCAAGUAGCUUAUAACUCUCACGUGACUGAACAGCAUUUGAAGCAGGUCUCUGAGUCAAACCAUGGGCAAGGUGGUCCUCCACAAAGCUCUGUGUUCGACUUUCAAUCGGGGCAAACAUAUCUGGCACGACAUGUUCAGAGCCUGAGGCUGGAUUCUGGGAUGGGUCCCCUUUCUCCAUUAUCCAGUGUUUCAGCUCCCCUGAGCACAGAGCCAGCUCAGAUGACGUUCCACCAGGUAUUUGUUCCGCACUCAGCCCCGGCUGUGCUCUCUCACAGUGCUGAUGGCAGAGCAAGCUGUGUCUUUGAGUUCCAUGUACACACACAGAGCUCUGCUCCGGCAGAAGGGGCGGCUUUACCCCCGCGGGCCUACCGAAGUCGCCGGGGCUCUAUGGAGACCAGCCAUGAGGAGUCCAGCCAAGGCGUAGGGUCGCAUGGUCGGCUUCAGCCCGUGACAGAAGAGCAGUGUCACUAUCUUGGUGCUGGGGUAGCGGGUCCCAGAGGGGGCUCUGCCAGGCGCAGCUGGCCAGAAGGAAGCCCAGAAUACUCCAGUGAUUCCUCACAGCUGACUUCCUCUGACACUGGUGAUUUCCAGUCUCCUCCCCCUACAGGGGGAUCAUCUUCUGCUUUUGGUUCAGACUUCUCAUUGCCCAUUGUUCAGCUGCCUCAGAAGGUGUUGCAGGAGUCGCAGCUCUUCAUCUGCUUCCCCCAGGGAGCCUCAACUCAGCAGGCCUUGUCCACCUCGCUUUCAUCAGGACCACCUGCAUCCUAUCCUCAGGUUACAGGAGCAAACCCUUCCACAACUUCACUGCUUUUUAUAAGUCAUACUAAAAGGGAAACCUUGCUUUUAGAUCUGCUCCAUGUGGUUCUAAGAAUUAGCAAUCAUGGGGGUGUCUUUCCACCAAGUCUAUACUAGGAUCUCUUUAACUUAACUGGGUUGCUAUGAAGUAAUGAGGCAUUAGCAACCAUCUGGUCUGUGUUCAGAUUUGGCUGAAAUAUUGGUAGGGCUUCUGUGUUAAAAGUAAAAAAUGGUCAGUGUUCCUCCUGGGACUAGCUGUUCUUUUGGUGAGAGAUUGCUGGAUUACCAAAUUGGCUUUUAAACAGUGGUUUUAAUGAAAUGUAUCUUCUCCAUACUUAGAAUCAGCAGUGGUAGUACAACUUGCUUUGUGCUUCUUUUGCUGCUCUUUUGCCAUUUUAAUGUGUUGCUUGAGGUUGAGCUUUCAUACAAAUAAUGUUUCAUUAGACAACAAGGUUAUUUUGGUGACUGUCCAAAAUGCAAGAGCUUUUUCUAGACUUGGGGAAAGAAAGUGGGAAGAGAGGACUGGAAGGAGCUGUGUUAUGUAUGUGUACAUGGAUUUGGAAAUAUAUUUGUUGAAGUAUAUGAAGAAGCCAAGCAGUCUGAGUAGUUAAUUAAUGGCACAAACAACUGUUGCUGGUUGGUAUUGCUACCCUUUAAGCCUUAUGUGGUUUCCUUUUAAAUAGCAAAAUUGGAGGCCUGAAGCUUAGUUUGGAGAUGUGUGUUUUAUCAGCAUAUGUGGUACCUGCAUUUGCGAUGGUCACUUUUCUGUACACUGUGAGGUGUGUGUCUAUAUACAUUGUGUCUGCACUCCUAGUCUGAAGUCUCAUAACUUUCUGUGAAAAGAGAGGAUUUACUUUAAGUAGACUUCUCUCUUACCUCUUUUGUCCUUGGAAUUAGGGCCUUUGGCAUUUUAGUUACUGGAGUAUUAGCAACUUCGGGAUUUGUGUGAAGGGAAGUAAUUUUGCUCUGUGUUUUAAGAUCGAGAACUAAGUAUUUAAUAUUUAAGAAGGCUUUCUGUAAGGGAUAUUAAAGGUGUUUUAGUAAAGCUAGAACAGCUUUCUUCACUAGUCUAAUAGGUAGUAAUUGCUGUGCUGUAGAAUUUGUAGAAUGAAUAUACUCAAGAACUUUGAAAAGUUUUUUCUCCUUUGUUAAAUUCAGGAGGUAAAUUCGGAUGGAUAUAAAAUGCAUUUGGAAAACAAAAGAGGUCACUUCUUUUGCAGAAUAUAAGUUCUGGGAUCUUUUACCUAAUUCAUUAGAAGAUUAGAAUUUGAAAACCAAAUGGAGUCAGUGUGAACACAUGUUACAGCAGUGAGGUGUUGCACAUGUGUAGAUCCCAGCCUGAAGCUUCUAAAACAGCAAAGAAAAAAAUGGUUCUCUUCAUUGGUAGUCUGCUUUCCCCAAAGUUUCCAUAAUUAGAAAAGUAUGGAAUUUUAACAGACAUGUUCCUAAUGAGCUUCUGCAAGCUGAAUGAUCACUGCAUUAAGGAAUUUUCAUAGAUAUUUCUGAUAUGAUACAUAUGCACCAGAUGUGCUUCUUACAAAGGCAGUUCACCCAAGUGGUGCAUGCUCAGGCAACUCAUCUGGAGGUUUUUGUCUAGUUCUCUCCCAGGAGCUGAUAAAGAAAUACAAUUGUCACAAAAACAAUAAUGCAGAUCCUGGGAUCUGAUAAAAAAAUUUCAGCCACAAAAACAGUAAUGAAAGUCCAUUCCAUUUUCCUCUGCAUCUUUCACAUUCAUUUGUAUACCACUCAUCCAUUUUUUUCGUUGCUUGCUCAAAAAUUCUGUCUUAGCUAGAAUGUUAACCCUCAUAUUCCUCCAUAUCCAAUUCUUGGUAGCCUUUGAAUGGUAGUGUCUCUGGAAAUGAUUAUUAGUCUGUGUUUUGACAUGCCUCUCAAAAGAAACUCAUGACAUUUAUGUAUACUGGGUACUUUGUAAUUGGUCUAGAAUUCUUUAUAUCUUCUUGCUUGGUUUUUUAUGGAUAGUUUUAUUUCCACGUAGCCUCCUUUUAUUGCCCCACCUGUGUUUGGAACACAUGUAAAGGUAAAACUUAAUGCAUCUAUUUCCAGUUACCAUACCAAGGCAUCCUGCUCUUAAAGCAUCACCAGUGGAAGAAGAAGCUGGUAGGCUGAUCUGUCUCAUGUUGAGGGGCAUGUGGGUUGCAGAGUCCUUCUGUAUUAGUUAUUUUGGAAGACUUAAAAUGACGUUCAGAACUCCUCCAGAUUGCUCUGCUUUGUUCUGAUUUUUGUAAUGGAAUUUGACCAGAAGGUCUGCUUGUCCAAAAGGACAAGCUAGAAACCUAUUCCAACCAGGUAAUUCCAGGCAGAAAUGAUUUUAACUGCCUGCAGCAGAAACCAUGGAGUUUUUCUCAGCUGAUUCUCUUUUUCUUUCC